AUGGAAAAAGUUUCUGUCGAAUUGUGGGAUGUUUCGGGCGAUCGAAAUUUUGAAAAUUGUUGGCCUGCCAUCAUGAAAGAUGUUUCCGCAUGCCUAAUUGUAUAUAACCCUUCUAACAUCAAUCACGUGAAAGAACUAGAGUUUUGGUAUAAAACAUUUGUGCAAGGAUGUAAAUUGAAGGAUGAAAAUUGUUGUAUUUUUGCUCAUUGUACUUCCAGCGAGGAUUUGACAAAAGAAAACCCCAUUCCGAAACUGCCCAAAAGUAUGACGAAAAUUAAUGCCAUUCUAACUAACCUCGAUAUUCCUGAUAAGGAGAAAAUAUUUGGCAGCUUUGAUCGGCUGGUUCAAAAUGGAUGGAGAGAACAGAAAGAAAGCGAGGAAAAGAUGGUGCUGCAACAAUAA